AUGAAGUCCGCGCAGGCGAUCCUCCUCGUUGCAGUGGCGCUCGCAGGAGCCUCUGGCCAGUCGCCCAUAGGAAAAGUCAUCGAUCUCCUGUCGAACCUGGAGUCGCAGAUCCAGAAGGAGGGCGAGGAGUCUGCCAAGCUUAACAGCGAGAAGGAGGGGUGGUGCAAGGACACCGCCGUCAAUCUUGGUUUUGAGAUCAAGACGGGGUCCAGUGAGGUGGACGAGCUGAAGGCAGCGAUCGGCAAGGAGGCUGCCACCAUCAGCACCCUGUCCAGCAAAGUUGAAGACUUGGCCGCGACGAUCGCUAAGAACGACAAGGACCUUGCGGCGGCCACCAAGAUUCGUGGAGAAGAGGCUGUGGACUUCGCUGAAGAGGAAGAAGAGCUCACGGAAACUAUCAGCGCACUGCAGAGGGCAAUCAGCAUCUUGCAGAGGGAAAUGUCGAAGGCUGGCGGGGCUGCCUUUGUCCAGGUCAAGGGCGCGGCGUCUGUGAUCCAGGCGUUGCAGGCGCUUGUGAAAGCCUCCGCAUUCAGCGCCGCUGACGCCAACACCCUUAAAGCUUUCGUGCAAAGCAGCCAGGAGGCCGAUGAUCAUGAUGAGGAGCCGGGUGCUCCUGAGGCCGCCGCUUACAAGAGCAAGAGCGGUAACAUUGUGGACGUGCUGGAGGACCUUCUGGACAAGGCCAACGAGCAGCUGGACGCCGCGCGCAAGAAGGAGACCUCGGCGAAGCACAACUUUGACAUGCUCGCUCAGUCGCUGAAGGACGAGAUCAAGUUUUCUACCAAAGACAUGGACGCGGCCAAGAAGUCCUCUGCCGCCAGCGGCGAGGCCAAGUCCGAGGCCGAAGGGGCCUUGGCCGCCACGUCCGAGGACCUGGCGGGCGACGAGGCCGCCCUCGCGGAGCUGAAGAAGGACUGUGCCAGCCACGCUGACGACUACGCCGCGGAGGUGAAGAGCCGCGCCGAGGAGUUGAAGGCGGUGCAGGAGGCGAAGAAGGUGCUGUCGGACACGACUGGCGGCGCUGCGGGGGUCGCUUACGGGCUGAGCCAGACGGCUCCCUCCUUCCUGCAGCUUGGCCGCUCGCGCUCGGCGCUGCUCUCCGGGGCCGACCUGGCCAACUUCGAGGCGGCGCGCUUCGUCCGCGAGCUCGGUCACAAGUUCCACUCGCAGGCGCUUGCGCAGCUCGCGAAGCGCAUGUCGUCGGCAAUGCGCUUCAGCUCCGCCAACGGUGAGGGGUCGGCGGAUAUGAUCGAGAAGCUCCAGGCUGAGUCUGGGGCGGACGCCAAGCACAAAGAGUACUGCGACACGGAGAUGUCCGACACGGCGGCCAAGCAGGAUGAGAAGACCACAUUGGUGGAGAAGCUGACCACGAAAAUCAACCAGAUGACCGCCAAGUCCGCGGCUCUGAAGGACAGCAUUGCCACCCUGCAGAAGGAGCUCGCCGAGCUGGCGGUCUCGCAGGCGCAGAUGGACAAGAUGAGGGCGGCCGAGAACGAGCUCUUCCUCGAGCAGAAGAAGGAGCUCACGCUUGGGAUCUCGGGCGUGCAGGCGGCGAUGAAGACGCUCCGCGAGUACUACGGCGGCGAGGCCAAGGACCACGCGGCGGCGUCGGGCGCCGGCACCAGCAUCCUGGGGCUCCUGGAAGUCUGCUUGUCCGAUUUUACCAAGAGCCUCGCGGAGGCCACCUCAACGGAGGACAGCGCCGCGUCGGAAUACUCGACGACUACCAUGGAGAACAAGAUCGAGAAGGCGGCCAAGGACCAGGACGUAAAGUAUCAGAUGAAGGAGGCCGCCGAGCUCGACAAGGCGGUGGUCGAGUCCACAUCCGAUCGGGCGUCGACGCAGGAGGAGCUGGACGCCGUCCUGGAGUACCUCUCGAAGCUCAAGGACAUGUGCGUCGCGAAGCCCGAGACGUACGCCGAGCGCGCCGAGCGUCGAGCUGCAGAGAUCUCGGGCUUGAAGCAAGCGCUCUCCAUCCUCGAGGGCGAGGCCAUGCUCCUCCAGCGCAGGGCGCUGAGGGGGCGCGCCUGA